AUGGGUAGAGGGAAAAGGCUAAUGUCUAAGAAGGCAACAGGAGACUGUCCAAAUCGGUGUGUGCAUCCACACACAUCUCCAAUCACUGCUACAACCACAUCUCCACACACAUCUCCAACCACAUCUCCAACCACAUCUCCAACCACAUCUCCAACCACAUCUCCAACCACAUCUCCAACCACAUCUCCAACCACAUCUCCAACCACUGCUACAACCACAUCUCCAACCACAUCUCCAACCACAACUCCAACCACUGCUACAACCACAUCUCCAACCACAUCUCCAACCACAUCUCCAACCACAUCUCCAACCACUGCUACAACCACAUCUCCAACCACAUCUCCAAACACUGCUACAACCGCAUCUCCAACCACAACUCCAACCACAUCUCCAACCACAUCUCCAACCACAUCUCCAACCACAUCUCCAACCACAUCUCCAACCACUGCUACAACCACAUCUCCAACCACAUCUCCAACCACAACUCCAACCACUGCUACAACCACAUCUCCAACCACAUCUCCAACCACAUCUCCAACCACAUCUCCAACCACUGCUACAACCACAUCUCCAACCACAUCUCCAAACACUGCUACAACCGCAUCUCCAACCACAACUCCAACCACAUCUCCAACCACAUCUCCAACCACAUCUCCAACCACAUCUCCAACCACAUCUCUAAACACUGCUACAACCACAUCUCCAACCACAUCUCUAAACACUGCUACAACCACAUCCCCAACCACAUCUCUAAACACUGCUACAACCACAUCUCCAACCACAUCUCCAACCACUGCUUCAACCACAUCUCCAACCACAUCUCCAACCACACCUCCAACCACAUUUCCACACACAUCUCCAACCACAUCUCCAACCACAUCUCCAACCACAUCUCCAACCACAUCUCCAACCACAUCUCCAACCACAUCUCCAACCACAUCUCCAACCACUGCUACAACCACAUCUCCAACCACAUCUCCAAACACUGCCUCAACCACAUCUCCAACCACAUCUCCAACCACAUCUCCAACCACUGCUACAACCACAUCUCCAACCAUAUCUCCAACCACAUCUCCACACACAUCUCCAACCACAUCUCCAACCACAUCUCCAACCACAUCUCUAAACACUGCUACAACCACAUCUCCAACCACACCUCUAAACACUGCUACAACCAUAUCUUCAACCACAUCUCCAACCACAUCUCCAACCACAUCUCCAACCACAUCUCCAACCACUGCUACAACCACAUCUCCAACCACUGCUACAACCACAUCUCCAACCACAUCUCCACACACAUCUCCAACCACAUCUCCAACCAUAUCUCCAACCACAUCUCCAUUCACAUCUCCAACCACAACUCACAGCAAAAUAUAA